CAGACGACGACUGAUGAAGGGGAGAGUUGUGAAAUGAGCAACGAAGCUUCAAGCCGUCGAGCAAAGUCGAGGUUCCUGCCCACAGCGACGGCCCGGAUCAGUGCCAGGACUUUGGCAAGCACUGCUAUUCGCGCCUGCUGACUUCGACAGUCGUGCUUGCGGUGAUCAUGUUGACAACAUUCAGUUGAACCAAGCAAUCCACGAUGACGAGCAAAGGAGCAGCUCCCGAUGCUGCUGCGGCGAAGACGCGGAUCAUCAAGCACAUGAACAAUGAUCAUCAUGAUUCUGUCGUUCGCUAUUUGCAGCAUUAUGGCAAGAUUCCGUCCUGGAAAGCAUACGACGGCGAAGUGACAGACGUGGACCUCAAUGCACUCUCCCUCUCGUGUCACGGAACGACAAUCAGAGUGCCAUUUGAGCCUCCCAUGAGCUCUUUACGGGAGGCGCGCGAACGCGUGGUCGAGUUUGAUCGGGAGUGUCGCAAAGCUCUGGGGCAGUCCGAUGUUACUGUCAAGGCCUAUGUCCCACCCACUGGAGCACGUGCGAUUCCCUUUGUGGGCAUUCUCAUCACAGCUGUGGCCUAUAGCCAGCGCUGGUGGUUUGAGAAAGGCCAAAUUGUAGAGCAGUUGUUCGGCAGCUCUUUUGCGAAGUUCGCCUGGACGAUUCAGCCGUGGCUCCUGAUAGGCUUGGCUGCCGUACAUGGCAGUGAGAUGCUAUAUUUCUCACUGACCAAGCUUCCACAGCACUCUGUCAAUGUGCGCUCUUUGCAAUGGUGGCUGUGGAAUGCUUCGAUCUUCAUUGAGGGAGUCUUUGCCUGGAAGAGAUUCGAUGAACACGUCCAGAGGCAGAGAGAAAAGCAGCAGCACUGAUCCCGACAACUUCUGGUCACCACCUGUAUGUGCUGCUCCACAAAGCAGUGGAAGACAUCUUGUGAUUUUCAUACACUGGUAUCGUACCACAGGGCAGUGCAACAGUCACUCGCGGGUUGCCAUGAGGGUUGCCAUCUGUUCAGGUGAGCUUCCGAUACACACCAUCACGCUGUGCAUGAUACGUGGACAAGGCUAUGCCAAGGGGCAUUCUACAGGCUCUGAGAUGAAGCGUGCAUGGGGACGCAGCCGGUUCGCGCACGCUGCGCAGACGACGUCUUGUUCGCGACUUGAAGUCAGGCACUCAUCAAUCAGCUAGCAGGGGCGGUCAGCGAUCGCUGCUGUUCUCGGAAAACAUUUGUGUAUGAUACAGAGGCUGACCAGAACCAAUUCCAGGACUGUCUGACAGCUGCAGCAAGCCGUCGAUGGAUCCGUGACACACAUACAAACAGCAUCCCAACGGAGAGCCCCCUCGCGUGGCCAAGACGUGUUGCUUCAUGUUCAUGCUACCAUCCGAGGUCUUGUGGGUCGCGGGUAGUGACAUUGGGCUGGUUGAUGUACAAACCACAGCUGACUCUUUCUGGCUCGAUCAUGCGCUCGGACGAAAUACCCAACAGGUUCCUGGAUGGCGCGUUUAUCCAGUCAGUGCUGGUGACUCUAUCGAAUUUCGGAUAGCUAGUCCUCAAUCGCUGGCGUCACGCGGACGCACAGCAUGUGGUGGAUCAGCCCGCGCGGCUGCUCGUGCCGACCUCAAACAAGCCAACUUCAUUCAUCGCGCUCGAGCGCGAGAGAGCCCAG